GUGUGAUAUGUCCGAUAUAUCUGUUUGGAAAUAACUUUGGAAGCCUGGAAGGGAUUAGACACUGCAGGAGAUCAGUGAAUAAGGGAAUGAACGGUGAAUGCUGGUUCCUCCAGGGCAGCAGAGGGCGCUGUGAGCGCAUGACCCGGCGGAACAUCGAGUCCUCGCGGCUGCAACGCUCCGCUGUGGCGGCAGGACUGGGGUCACAUGACGACUCUGAAGACCAGCUGAAGACUGACGGACACAGAGAGGCUCACACACACAAAGACGCCAUCAUGGUGAGAACGUAUAAGCGGAAGACGACCCGGGCGAGCACGGCGCCGGAGACCAUGCUGAAGGCCGUCCGGCAGGUGCUGGUGUUCAAGAAGACCAUCCGCGGAGCCGCGGAGGAGUUCGGGAUCAACUACCGCACGCUCGCCCGCUACUGCACCAAAAUCCCGCGGGAGGAGGUGGAGGGAGCCGCGGAGCAUCCCAGCUGCAGCGUGGGCUUCAUCGCCGCCAGACAGGUCUUCAGCGCGGCGCUAGAGGCGGAGCUGGUCUCCUACGUCCUAAUGGCGACCGACGUUUAUCACACGCUCCCGCCGAAGGCCAUCCGGAAACUCUCGUACCAGCUCGCUGAAGGCCAGCAGCUGCACAUGCCUCCGUCGUGGCGGGAGAACAAACAGGCCAGCGUCGACUGGUUCGCCGCGUUUAUAAAGCGGCACCCGCUGUUGUCCGCGAGUCUAGCGAGCGUGUUUAACAAAGAGAUGUUCUACGUGAAGCUGAAGGCGCUGAUGGAGCGCCACUCUUUCAAGCCCGAGGACAUCUGGGUCAUGGAGGAGACGGGCAUCACGACGGCUCAGAGGCCGGAUCGAGUGGUGUCCAGGAGGCAGCCGGGGUCAUCCGUGACGGCUCCCGACCGCGGGCCCCUCGUGAGCGUCGCCGCCACCGUCUCGGCCAGCGGCGCCGUCAUCCCGCCCUACUUCGUCUUCCCUCGGGUGCAGUUCCGGGAGCACUUCCUCACAGGCGCGCCCGCGGGCAGCUCCGGCGGCGCGCACAUCAGCGGAUGGAUGCGGGAGGAGCAGUUCCUCCACUUCCUGCAGCAUCUGGUGCGACAGACCCGGUGCUCCCCGGAGAAACCCUGCCUCCUGCUCCUGGACGUCCACCUGUCGCACCUGUCCAUCGACGGCCUCAACUUCGCCAAAGCUAACGGCGUGGUCGCGCUGUCCUUCCCGCCGCACCUCGAACGCUCGGUUUGCGGCCCGUUCCAGAAAUGCAUCAACGCGGCCAUCGACUGCUGGACGCUGGGAAGCCCGGGCAGGAGCGUCACCAUCCAUCAUAUCCCGGGGAUCGUGGCGACGGCGCUGCCACAGGCCGCCACUGCGGACAACAUCACGGCGGGGUUCGAAGCCUGUGGGGUUUUCCCACUCAACUCCAGCGCUUCCGGACAACAGGGUUCGGUUACGGACUGUGCGGUCGCUCCGGCGUCCACCGGCUCGUGUCCGUCAGAUAAACCCACUCUGGAGACGGAGGUCCUGCUUCGAGCCAGUCGAGUCGGCAGCCGUCCGUCUCAGACAUGAACUCCUCUUGUCUUUUAUGGUCACACACACUCUGCUGUCUUUACACCGUUCGCUUUUAAUCCUUUUUGUUACUUUUUCCUGUUUCAUGAAUUGCUUUUGUUUCACUGCUGUAAUAUUGCUGACGCUAAUUAAAUAUGAUACAUUUUACACGCA